GGACUCCGAGCGGCGGCGAGAGGCGCGACGAACAUGGCGGCCCCCAGUGGUCCGUCGGUGGAGACGCGCGAGGAGCCGGCGCCCGAGGAGCCGACGCCCGAGGCCGCAGCCCGGGAGCGGAGCCAGCGGCUCCUGAGCGGCCUGGAGCUGGUGAAGCAGGGCGCCGAGGCGCGCGUGUUCCGAGGCCCCUUUCUGGGCCGCGCGGCCGUGGUCAAGCACCGCUUCCCCAAGGGCUACCGGCACCCGGCGCUGGAGGGGCGGCUCCGGCGGCGGACGGUGCAGGAGGCGCGGGCGCUGUUCCGCUGUCGCCGCGCAGGGAUAUCUGCCCCCGUGGUCUUCUUUGUGGACUAUGCCUCCAACUGCCUCUACAUGGAAGAGAUCGCAGACUCGGUGACUGUCCGAGAUUACAUUCAGUCCACCCUGGGGUCUGAGAACGCACCCCAGAGCCUCUCCCGCUUGGCCUCAGCCAUGGGGCAGGUGCUGGGGCGGAUGCACGAUGAGGACCUCAUUCACGGUGACCUCACGACCUCAAACAUGCUCCUGAAAGGCCCCCCGGAGCAGCUGAACAUUGUGCUCAUCGACUUCGGGCUCAGCUUCAUUUCAGCACUUCCCGAAGAUAAGGGGGUAGACCUCUAUGUCCUGGAGAAAGCUUUCCUCAGCACCCAUCCCAACACGGAGCCUGUGUUUGAGGCGUUUCUGCAGAGCUACUCCGCGUCGUCCAGAAAGGCCAAGCCCGUGCUGAAGAAGCUGGACGAAGUGCGCCUGAGGGGGAGGAAGAGGUCCAUGAUCGGAUAAAAGGGAGCGGCUGACAGCUGCCCGCGCUCGGCACUUCUUUUAAGGUCAUUUUGAAAGGCUGCUGUGAAUCUAAGCGGAGACCAAAAUAAAGGUGUUGAGAGAUUUCUAAGUGGCGCGUGUGGUCAUGCUCGAGAAAGCGUCUUUUUCCGCAGUUGACUGUCCUGAACUCACCGCCAUCCGAUCAGUGCUGACUCCUAGGACCUCCUGUGGGUUUCCAAGACCGGAACCGUGUGCGGGAGUAGAAAGCCCAGUCUCGCACUCGCGAAGCAGCUCAGCUUGUAACGACUACACCAAGACCCGCUUACUCGUCAGCCUUGUUGUUAAUAAAAUUAAGUAUGAAAUCA